AUGGCACAGUUCCUUGCCUCCAUCUACGGCACAGAGCAAGACAAAGUCAACUGCUCCUUCUACUACAAAAUCGGCGCUUGCAGGCACGGCGAUCGCUGCUCGCGAAAGCACGUCAAACCCAAUUACUCACAAACGAUCCUGUGUCCGAACCUCUACCAGAACCCAGCCCAUGAUGCAAGUGCACGGAUGGAUGCGCAGCAGGUGCAACAGCAUUUUGACAGUUUCUACGAGGAUAUGUAUUGUGAGCUUGCCAAGUUCGGCGAGGUAGAGACGAUUGUUGUGUGCGACAAUACAGGCGAUCACCUUGUGGGCAAUGUCUAUGCGCGGUACAAGUAUGAAGAAGAUGCGAGCAAAGCGGUUGCUGAUCUCAAUGCACGGUGGUAUGCGGGCCGUCCUGUGUAUGCGGAACUGAGCCCAGUGACGGAUUUCAGAGAGGCGUGUUGUCGACAGCAUGAACAGACGGAGUGUAAUCGUGGUGGCCAUUGCAACUUUAUGCAUCGUCGAAAGGUCAAUCCUGCGUUGCAUAGAGAGCUGGAUAUGGCACAGCGAAAACAUCUAAAAGCCAUUGGCAAGGACAAGAGUCCUUCUCGUUCGCCGAGCCCUGUGGGCAGGCGUCGAUAGACUCUCAAUAACAGCUGAGCAGCAACUUGCUCAUAAAUCAUAACGCAGGCCUUGUAUAUAUUUCCUUUCCCUACUGUGCUGUUUUCGACCAAUCUCGU